AUGCGUUUGUACUGUCUCAGCGGGGACCUGGCCAAGCCAUGCUACAUCAUCACCUUCAAAGGCCUGCGGAUCAUGCUGGAUUGCGGCCUCACCGAGCAGACGGUGCUCAACUUCCUGCCGCUGCCCUUCGUCCAGUCGCUGAAGUGGUCCAAUCUGCCCAACUUUGUGCCACCGCGGGAUCACGAUCCCCAGAUGGACGGCGAGCUGAAGGACUGCUGCGGCCGGGUGUUCGUGGACUCCACGCCGGAGUUCAAUCUGCCCAUGGACAAGAUGCUGGACUUUAGCGAGGUGGAUGUGAUACUUAUCUCGAAUUAUCUUAAUAUGUUGGCCCUGCCGUACAUCACGGAGAAUACGGGCUUCAAGGGCAAGGUCUAUGCGACUGAACCAACGUUGCAGAUUGGCCGUUUUUUCCUGGAGGAGCUGGUGGAUUACAUCGAAGUCUCGCCAAAGGCCUGCACCGCUCGCCUCUGGAAGGAGAAGCUCCACCUGCUGCCCAGUCCGCUGAGCGAGGCCUUUCGGGCCAAGAAGUGGCGCACCAUCUUCAGCCUGAAGGAUGUCCAGGGCAGCCUGUCCAAGGUGACCAUUAUGGGCUACGACGAGAAGCUGGACAUUCUGGGCGCCUUUAUUGCCACCCCGGUGAGUUCGGGCUACUGCCUGGGCUCCAGCAACUGGGUGCUGAGCACGGCCCACGAGAAGAUCUGCUAUGUGAGUGGCUCCUCCACGCUGACCACGCAUCCUAGGCCUAUUAAUCAAUCGGCACUGAAGCACGCCGAUGUGCUCAUCAUGACGGGAUUGACGCAGGCGCCGACUGUGAAUCCGGACACCAAGCUGGGCGAGCUGUGCAUGAAUGUGGCUCUGACCAUCCGGAACAAUGGCUCCGCCUUGAUACCCUGCUAUCCCUCUGGCGUGGUCUACGAUCUCUUCGAGUGUCUCACGCAGAAUCUGGAGAAUGCCGGGCUGAAUAAUGUGCCCAUGUUCUUCAUUUCCCCCGUGGCCGACAGCUCGCUGGCCUACUCGAACAUCCUGGCCGAAUGGCUCAGCUCGGCCAAGCAGAAUAAAGUUUAUCUGCCGGAUGAUCCGUUCCCUCAUGCCUUCUAUCUGCGGAAUAACAAGUUGAAGCACUAUAACCAUGUGUUUUCCGAGGGCUUCAGCAAGGAUUUUCGACAGCCCUGCGUGGUUUUCUGUGGGCAUCCCAGCCUGCGUUUCGGCGACGCGGUGCACUUCAUCGAAAUGUGGGGCAACAAUCCCAAUAACUCUAUAAUCUUCACGGAGCCGGACUUCCCCUAUUUGCAAGUACUGGCGCCUUUCCAACCGCUUGCCAUGAAGGCCUUCUACUGCCCCAUCGACACCUCUUUAAAUUAUCAGCAGGCCAAUAAGCUGAUCAAGGAGCUGAAGCCAAAUGUGCUGGUCAUCCCGGAAGCCUAUACAAAACCGCAUCCCUCGGCGCCGAAUCUGUUCAUAGAACAGCCGGACAAGAAGAUAAUCACCUUCAAGUGCGGCGAGAUCAUCCGGUUGCCUUUAAAACGCAAGCUGGAUCGAAUUUACAUCACCUCGGAGAUGGCCCAAAAGAUAUCGCCCAGGGAAGUGGCCGCCGGAGUGACUUUCUCAACGCUGACUGGCGUGCUGCAGGUAAAGGACAAGGUCCAUUGCAUCCAGCCAUGUGCGGAUAGCAUUAAAGAAGAGACCUCCAGCUCAAGUGCCAGCGCUCCCACUAAGGAAGAUGUGCUAAAGAACGUAAAAUACGAGUACGGUAGCAUCGAUGUGGAGGCGGUGAUGAAGCGGUUGACGCAGGACGGCUUCUCCAACAUCAAGUUGGACCGCACUGGUGGCGCUCUGACCCUAAACCUGGUCAACGAGGAUACGGUCAUCAAGUUCGAGGACAACGAGACGCACAUCAUUUGCGGCGGCAAGCCAACCACUCGUCUCAAGCUUCGGGAUACCUUAAUGAAGUGCUUGCAGAGUUUUUGAAAAACAUAAAUGUAUUCCUUAAACCUAAAAAACAA